AUGGCUUGCAACUGCCAAGUCUCGUGUGGUCAUUGUAUUCCUCUGGAUUAUGGUUAUGGAUCUUGCCUCGAUUAUCACCGUGAUUGCUCUGGUUGGGCUCGACGGGGCGAAUGUGAAAAGAACCCAUGGAUGUCGGAGAAUUGUCGUGCAUCGUGCAGAACAUGUUACUCCCAAUGGGAUCUCAGAACCAUGUGUCGCGGUGCUGUUGGUUCUGUGGCCCCAGUUGCAACGAAUCGUCCACGUCAACCAGUGGUCACCCGGCCUCCACCUGCUUGGCAACACCGAGGCGGCUUCGGUCGUGGCGGAAUGGACUACGAGGAUUGGGGCGGUCUGAUGGGCUGGGGAAAUGGAGCUGGAGGCGGAAUCGCAAACGGAUGGGGUGGCCCACCACCUAUGUGGCAACAGCCGUUUUCAUGGUUCCGACGGGCUCGAGCUAAGAGGGACUGA